AAUUUUACAGCGUCUGCUUGUCGCUGUCGCGGAUGAAGUAUUUCACCCAAACUUUUCCAGUCUGUGCUCCUGUUUAUAAUUCUCGGUUACAUUGUAUUCAACUGGAUGCAGGAAAAAUGCCGAGAGGAAUUCUUGAGUGUUUCACUGAACUAUUCGGUGCAAGUAUUUUUCUACUAAAGGUUUGAAUCUGCUUGAAAUUAUAAUGUCCAGACAGAACUCCAAUUUCGUUUCGAGAACCCAAUCAUUCGAAAGAUCUCGUCGAUUCAUUCAAUCAGUAUCAGAUAUUUAUGGAAAAGACGAGAUGGAAGAAUUGCUUGACGAGAUACGACAUCUAGAGCCUUGUAAUUUUCAAUCUGGUGACAUACAAGAUUUUGAGAUCAAUGGAAGUCGUCACCUGCAGAAUACAGGAGAAUCAACUAUGUCCAUGUCUGUUCAGUCAUGGGACUCUCAUGCUGUAUAUCGCCACAGAAUGGAUAACAUGAAGGCUCCAGUUGAAGUUAUCCAAUCAAUAUUAAUUCAUUUCCGCCCUUCACAGUGUUUGGAAAAGUUGGAGCUUUUCAGACUGGCAUUCUUGACAUGUUGUAUUGGAAGUCUCACCUGUGUAUAUCUGAGUGAAUGGAUGUACCUAUCUUCCUUUCUUGUAUUUAUAGUUUUAUUUUCAUCAUUGUGCACAAUUUGGCUACUCAUAGCUGAUAUAAUUGGAAUUAUAUACUUCUUGCCAAUAUCGUGGCCCAAAUUUAAUACUCUUCUCUUCCUAUGCAUAGCUGUGGCACUUCUAACAGUCUCUUCUUUACUUAUUCAUCAUGUUAACUUACCGUCAAUGUUGGAUGAAGCCCUUACAGACGAUAGCCGGCAUUUUCUUUACAUAGCUGGAAUACUCAGCUUGUUGGCCUCCUUACUAGCUCUCAUUCAAAGCCUAAUGACUUCUUUCGGUCGACCUUAUCCUAUCUGGUGCUCUGCGUACAAAGCCGAACCAGACUGCCCCAGCCCCAUGUCUCCUCCAGGUUCCAUUCCAGGAUCUCCUACAGAACGUCCAGUUAUGGCGACAAUGGCAGCUCUUGCUGGCAUGUCGUCCGCAGUCGUCGCUACCGCGCCUCGAUUAGGGAACCGUAACCGAAGUGCUUUGCAUGAUCGAGAUCAAGUACCUCUUCGAUCUGUCAGGAACUCCGUCAGCUGGGAUGACGGUGUGAAACCAAGCAGCUCCCGACUAAAACAGCUGAACGAGUAUCCUCCGUUGCUUAAUGAAACAUGAAAAAAAAAACGCAUCGUUUUAAAUUAGUCAGCAAGCGUUGCCAUGAUUUCCUUUUUCAUCAAGCCGAAAAAUAAUCUCACCAGACUUCACUUGACAUUAUGUGUUAACACAUGUGAUAAUGCGAGUGUAGGUGCAGUGGAAUUAAAGUUUUCUGCACGUCCGGCAAUACGCCCAAACAUGCAACCCCCAUGCAACUUUUUGUAUGGGAUUGAAUGCAUUCUUCUUGGAAAGCUGAAGGAAACGCAAUCCUCACUUGCAAUGUGUUCUACAUAUUUUAGCCCAAUUAAUGAUCUCAUUGAAAUUUGUUGUCUUGUAGCUUUAAAUCGAUAGCAUGUUGUAUUCUAUAAUGAUCUCAUUGAAGUGGCAUUCUCAUUAACAUUCUCUUGAAAUUGACAGUUCUUUGAUGUUGCCGUCAUUUGAUUUCGGGAAUGCGUCUUCAUAUAUUAGAUUGUGGCUCUCAGUAGAUAAAUAGUAUUUGUACAUGGUUUAUUAACGCAUGUAACACCGGAAAUCAAUUGGCAACUCUAUUUAAUGUGUUUAGGUUGCUGCGUAGCUUUAUUUGUUAUGAUUUAAAAAAAAUGAAUAAGGUUCUAGUCCCCUGAUAUUGUAAACGUACAACUUGUGUCUGUUUGUGCCAGAUAAGCGUCCAGUAGGUAAAUUUUCAUUGAAAAAGUUCGUAUUGGCGGUUCUUCCAGAUGUAAAGUAGGGAUAAGGUGGCUGAAUUUCUUUUGGCUACGUUCAUACUUUAAUAUUGCCACAUCACCAGAAACUGCCUGCUGCUUAUGGUAUAAAUUGUAAAGUUGUUGUGUAUUACUAGUGUUAAUAUACAUUUGAAGCACA